UCGAGUUCAUCAUGAAUAUGUGAGUGUGUAGCCCAGUACGCUGGAGUGGAUCGCUACGGUGUUGUUUUGGCUGUAUUUCCUCAAACAGAAACAGGAGGAUUAACGGAUACAAUCGACGUUUGUGUAUUUUGUCGGAUAAUAUCGCGCUAAUGAUGCCCGGACAGGCGUCAGUGACGGUGGCCAUCGGUUCGCAGAAAUCGUCCGGUUUUGUUUUGAAGAAGAUCAUGAAUAUUCCUCCUCCAAACAUACUGGAGGAUCAAGACGAUGACAUCGAGAAGGAGAAACAGGGUUCGAUCGGCGAUGGGACGUCCGGCGGCAGCGGCGGUUCAGGAGGCACGGGGAACGUCUCCGCCUCUCUCACCCCCGCCAUCUGGGACAAAACUAUCCCGUACGACGGCGAGACCUUCCACCUGGAGUACAUGGACCUGGACGAGUUCCUGCUGGAGAACGAGAUUCCCAUCACACUAGAGGAGGAGGAGCUGAGCAAGUGUCCCGAGGCGGAGUGGCAAGACGGCGACACGCAGGAUUCCUCUGAUGAGCCGGCGGCCGUCCCACAGAUGCCUGAGGAGGAGAACAAGGACGAGGAAGAGUCUGAGGACGACUCGCUCGCUGUGAGCAUUGAGACGAAAGCAGAACCCAAAGGCAACCCCGACCGCGUGACGCCCACUCCGAUCGACCCGGAGGAGAUCGAGGUGAGCGUGACCUUCCAGCCGGACCCCACGGAUCUGGUCCUGUCCAGCGUUCCCGGAGGAGAGCUCUUCAAUCCACGGAAACACCGCUUCUCCGAGGACGAGCUCAAACCACAGCCCAUGAUCAAGAAAGCCAAGAAAGUGUUCGUUCCUGAAGAUGCGAAGGAUGAUAAAUACUGGUCACGGAGGAAGAAGAACAACGUGGCGGCGAAGCGCUCUCGUGACGCCCGGCGUCUGAAAGAGAACCAGAUCGCCGUCCGCGCCUCCUUCCUGGAGCGAGAAAACGCCGUGCUGCGACAGGAAAUGGCCGAGCUGCGCAAAGACUGCGGCCGCUGCAAGAAGAUCAUGUCGCUGUACGAAGCCAAAUACGGCUCGCUGUGAGGGACGCGCUUCACCCCGACACGCAUCAGUCUCCCUUAUAAUUCACACCGCAGUUACACAGCCGGGGAUUGUGGGUAAUGCGGCUCCGCGCGGGAAGUGGAUGAGAAUGACGCGAGCGCGUGUUUUUAAGAGGACGUUUUAAGGGUCUUGAAGACACAAAACACAUAACACAGCAUAACCUUUGACCUCUGACCUCCUCAUACCUCAUUCUGCCCUCUCCACGACCCCCAUCUGACCCGAGCAGUGAGUUUUUAGAGGUUUAUUUGGUAUGAAGAUGAGAUAAUGCGGCCGACUGGAAAAGUCGCACAGGGCGGACGACAAGUUGGCGUUCAGCCUGAGAGUGUUUUGUCAUGGAAAACGUGACUUUACGACUGUUUUUGGCUAGUUUUUAACCUGUUUCUUCCUUUUUUUUGUACUUGACACGUCGUCUAUGUUUGUGUACAAGAGGUUUUUUUGCAGAAAACAAGCGCAUGAUCCUCGAUAUGAAGCAAUUAUUUUCUUUAUUCUACGAAAACGAGUGCACUUCAAGGGUAAGUGCGGAUUGGAGAAUUGCAUUUUGCGAAGGCGAAGAUUUGAAAGAAAAAAAAAGAGUCUGUAAAUAUACGCUUGUAUCCAUCCACUAGUGUCGUUGUUCUUCCAGAAUGAUCUUACCAUGUAAAAAGCGACAUUUCUAUCGUGCAGAUUUUUAAAACUAUAGUGACUGUGCUUUGUUCAAACACAUAUUCAUGGCAGUUAACUGGACGAUUAUUUUAAUGCGAGCGUAUGCGCAGGAGUUUAACUGUGAGCGACUGGAUCUGGUUUGUUUUCAGGGUUUAAUCCAGGGCAAUAAUGUACGAUUCAUCUUUACCUCAGAUUAGAUAUUUCUAACGAGUGUAUUUUUUUUUUAUUUAUUUAAAAUGAAUUUUUUAGUCGGGCAGCUCAGCAUCAGUUAAAACACAAGCGUAACGGAUUUCUAUGUAAAAUGUUUUUUUUUUUUAUUCUUACCAAUGACGCAUUCAUUAUUGUAUUUUUAAUGAAUUAUUAAAAUAAUAAUAAUAAUGCAUUUUUAGCAAAAUCUUUGCAUUGGUAAAACCAUUGUGGCGUAAGCAUGAUUUGUUUUAGUCAGUGACAUUAGCAUCGCUAGAGUUUCACGUUUAUUGCUGUUUUUCCAAGAAGUUAUUGUUUUUUUAAAUACUGGAAAAUAAUAAUGUGCUUCCAGUGUUUAUGGAUUUGGAUAGAUUACACUAAUCAUGGUUUGUUUUUAAUGCUGUGCUUACAAUUUUAAUUUUUAACAGAUCAACGUUUUACGUUUUUAAAUGUAUUUUUAACAGAUCAUUUUUUACAUUUAUUUUACUUUUCUCAUUUUCUCUCUCUAUAGUUUUUUUAUACAAAAAUAAGAAAUAUAUAAUAUAUAUAUACACACACACACAUAUACAGGUAUAUAUAUAUAUAUAAUAAAAAUGCUCUAGGGAAAAAAAUUGGACCAGAGUGUGUGUGUGUGUGUGUAUGUAUAUAUAUAUAUAUAUGUAUAUAUAUAUAUAUAUACACACACACGGUUUUAUUUUUUGUAUUUUAAAAACAAAUGUCAUAAGUCAAUCAGGAUUGUUUCUUCCAAACGGGUUUCUAGCACUUACAGGCGAAUCUAUUGUAAAUUGACGAGUCGUUAGUGCAUGCUGUUGUCAUGGUGACGUUGUGCAGUGGGCGUGUCCUCUUCCAUAUAAAAUUUUUUUGAUAGAUUUGUUGUUUAAACUCUUUCUACUCCUGUUUGAUUUCAUUCUACAAACCAAACAAAACUUUCACGUCAAUCACUGUGUUUCAAAUGUACAAGAAUGAAGUUUGUUUGUGUUUGUUUUUAAUUUUUAAUCUAAAUUGUGAUGAUGGCCUUUGGUUUUUGUUAUUAAUCUGUCAUAUAAACUCCAGACAUUGAGUUCUACGUUGGACUCUGUGAAACUGAAAUGUAGCAUUUUGACCUUUUUUUUUUAUUUUUUAAUAAAACAUGUAACUUUCAAUAUAUGGACACACUUUAAAAAAAAAUAACUUUUUUAAAGAGUCUUGUUGUUUUUAUAAAGUCAUUUUCCUCUGGUGUAAUGCAGUAUGUUAUGACUGUAUCCUGUAUCAUGCAUAUUAAUAAAGUCGGAUAUCAGUGAUUUGA